AUGGCCGAACCUAUCCCAGGCAAACGAACUGACCAGAUGACGGCUCCUACGCCUCAGAACACUCCCGCGACGAACGCGCCCAUCUCUUCCAGAGCCCAGCAGCCCGGCGUGGCAAGCAUCAUGGAGGAUGACAUGGAGCGCGCAGCUGCCGCCUCCAUCUUCGCCCAGAACCCCCAGCUCGUCCAGAUGAUCCAAGGUCGUCUUGGCUCCCUUAUCGGUCGCUCAUCUGGAUAUAUCGAGUCUCUGCCACCUACCGUUCGCCGCAGAGUUUCCGGCCUCCGAGCUAUCCAGAAGGACCAUGCCAAACUCGAGGCUGAAUUUCAGGAGGAGGUUCUUCAACUCGAGAAGAAGUACUUUGCCAAAUUUACCCCUCUCUAUGAGAAGCGCUCUGCCAUCGUCAACGGCCAAGCUGAACCCACUGAGGACGAGAUCAAGGCCGGAGAAGACGAGAACUUCGAGGUUCAGCCGAAGACCACCGAGACUGAUGAGGAGGGCAUCAAACUCGACAUUCCCGAGAAUGUCGCCGGAAUUCCUGAGUUCUGGCUUUCCGCCAUGAAGAACCAGGUAACUUUUGCUGAGAUUAUCACGGACCGAGAUGAAGCUGCUCUCAAACACUUGACCGAUAUUCGAAUGGAAUACUUGCAGGAGCCGGGUUUUAGAUUGAUUUUCGAAUUUUCCUCGAACGAGUUCUUCUCCAAUAAAACGCUCACGAAGACGUACUUCUACCAAAACGAAAGCGGCUACGGCGGUGAUUUCAUCUAUGAUCACGCCGAAGGCGACAAGAUUGACUGGCUUCCUGGCAAGGACCUUACCGUCCGCGUCGAAGCCAAGAAACAGAGGAAUAAGAACACCAAGCAAACGCGUAUCGUUAAGAAGACCGUUCCCACCGAGUCCUUCUUCAACUUCUUUUCCCCUCCGAAGCCCCCGAGCGAUGAUGAGGAUGAGGAGGAUGAGGACGCAGCCACCGAAAUCGAGGAGCGUCUCGAAUUAGACUAUCAUCUUGGCGAGGACAUCAAAGAAAAGCUCAUUCCCCGCGCCGUUGACUGGUUCACGGGAGAGGCCCUUCGCUAUGAGGAAAUUGAUGACGGCGACAUGGAGGAACCAGACUUUGAUGACGAAGAGGAUGAAGACGAGGAUGAUCUUAGCGAUGAUCAGGAUGAAGAAGAGGAGACAGAUGACGAUGACGAGUCUGGAAAGCCCAAGCAAGAAGCCGCUGAGUGCAAGCAGAGCUAA